CUCCCUCCCUCUCUUCUAGCUGUGAGGAACUUUGUUUUGAUUCCUCAACACACGUCUCCAGACUCGGCAGUGAAGGAGGUUGAUGCUCUGUACGAUGUGGCCGCUGAAGUCAGAGCUCGCUGGAACACCAAUGACAUAGUGCUGCUGGGGGACUUCAACGCAGGCUGUCGCUACGUCAGUGGAUCAGACUGGCAGCAGAUACGUCUCUUCACAGACCACAGAUACCACUGGCUGAUCCCUGACCACGCUGACACCACGGUCUCUAACACCGACUGUCCCUACGACAGGGUGGUGGCCACCACUGAGAUGAUGAGAGGAGUGGUCCCUGGGUCGGCUGAGGUGUUCAACUACAUGACUCACCUGAAGCUCAGCCACAGCACGGUAACAACUCUUAACUCUUAAAGGUGGACUCAGUCAUGUGAUGUGGCACGAAGUCAACACAAUAUCAGGUCAAUCUACACAACUGACAGCAUUGAAGCGCGAGGCUAAACGUUCAAUGUUUAUGUUUUAUUAUUAUUAUAAUAUUAUUUUAUUUAUUAUCUCAUACACCGGAUUGGUGCAGUGAAAUGUGUUGUUGUACAGGGUCGUAGUAGUAUGAUAGGUGUUGUUUUACAGGGUCAUAGUAGUAUGAUAGGUGUUGUUGUACAGGGUCAGUCAUAGUAGUAUGAUAGGUGUUGUUUUACAGGGUCAGUCAUAGUA